GAUGAUGACCGGUAAAUCAGGUAGCAGGUAACAAUAUCAAACAAGGAACUUUUCUUUUUUAUUUUUUUCUUCUCCUAUAAAUAUGGAAAUCACAAAGUUUCAAAUUGUCUCAAGAAAACCUUAAUUACACAAUCCCAUUUCUCCUCUAGAUCUCCUUUUUUAAUAAACAUCCUUCUAUACCAAUUUCCAAGGAAAUGGAGACUUUUCUAUUUACUUCCGAGUCUGUGAACGAGGGACACCCCGACAAGCUGUGUGAUCAGGUGUCGGAUGCAGUGCUCGACGCUUGCCUUGCUCAGGACCCUGACAGCAAGGUUGCUUGUGAAACUUGCACUAAAACCAACAUGGUAAUGAUUUUUGGUGAAAUCACUACCAAGGCUAAUGUAGACUAUGAGAAGAUCGUCCGCGACACUUGCCGUGCCAUUGGCUUCACAUCUGAUGAUGUGGGUCUUGAUGCCGACAAAUGCAAGGUUUUGGUUAAUAUCGAGCAGCAGAGCCCUGAUAUUGCUCAAGGUGUUCACGGUCACCUUACUAAACGUCCUGAGGAGAUUGGUGCCGGCGAUCAGGGUCACAUGUUUGGAUAUGCGACUGAUGAGACCCCCGAGCUUAUGCCUCUUAGCCAUGUUUUGGCGACCAAGCUUGGUGCUCGCCUUACUGAGGUGCGCAAGAACGGUACAUGCGCGUGGUUGAGGCCUGAUGGUAAGACUCAAGUCACUGUCGAGUACUACAAUGAGAACGGUGCCAUGGUUCCUGUCCGUGUUCAUACUGUCCUUAUUUCCACCCAACACGAUGAGACUGUGACCAAUGACGAAAUUGCUGCUGACCUUAAGGAGCAUGUUAUCAAACCCGUCAUCCCUGCAAAGUACUUAGACGAGAAGACGAUUUUCCAUCUUAACCCAUCUGGCCGAUUUGUGAUUGGUGGGCCUCAUGGAGACGCUGGACUUACUGGUCGUAAGAUCAUCAUCGACACAUACGGUGGAUGGGGAGCUCACGGUGGUGGUGCCUUCUCUGGUAAAGACCCAACUAAGGUUGACAGAAGUGGUGCCUAUAUUGUGCGACAAGCCGCUAAGAGCAUUGUCGCUAACGGACUUGCUCGAAGGGCCAUUGUACAAGUAUCAUAUGCUAUUGGUGUCCCCGAGCCAUUGUCGGUGUUUGUGGACACCUAUGGAACCGGAAAGAUCCCCGACAAGGAGAUCCUAAAAAUCGUGAAGGAAAACUUUGACUUUAGGCCUGGAAUGAUCAGUAUCAACCUCGACCUCAAGAGGGGUGGCAAUGGAAGAUUCCAAAAGACGGCUGCAUACGGACAUUUUGGAAGAGAAGACCCAGACUUCACCUGGGAAGUUGUCAAGCCCCUUAAGUGGGAGAAGGCAUAAUCUGGCUGUAGAUUGCAGCUUUUAAGGGCUUACCUAUAUACUCUUUUUUAGUGUCUUUUUUUCAUUAAACUUGAUUUUGAUUUUAUUUUAAUGUACUGAAUUGAACCAAAUGGAAUAUUGUUUGAAUUUUUUGGGGAUAUUAAGUAGAUUUUUAAUUUUUAUGUUACAAUAUUUUGAAAGAAGCUUAGCAAUGUGUAACAUUUCAUUAUUCCAUUGUGUUAUUUUGUGACUUGUAUUGAGUUUCUUAGGCUUUUUUGACUUUAUCCCUAUGAUAAUAAAGAGGUUGUUUUCGAUAAUAAAUAUUAUUUCCGUUUUCCG